AUGUAUGACAGAAGUGGUCAGCAUGAGCAUUCUAUUCAUAUUCUGGAGGCUUAUCUCAGAGAUCAUCCAACCGAAACUGAUCCUAGUGUCAUUGAUCUGCUAGCUUCCAUACUUACGGAAAAUAACGCACAUAAUGAAGCAAUUUGGCAUAUUGAGCAUGCACAACUCGUAUUCUGUUCAAAUAAAGAGAUGCCUUUGACAAUGAAAAUUAACGCAGGAAUCUGCCAUGCUUACCUUGGAAAUAUGGAGAAGGCAGAAACUCUCUUUAGUGCUCUUGAACAGCGGAGUGCAGAUCAUGCUGACUUGAUUGCUAAAUUCGCAGACUCAUUUAUGAGUCUUGGGCAUUAUAGUUCUGCAUGGAAAGUACAGGAAAUUUUGUGGUUCUAUGAAGCUGUAAAGACACUUGAAGAUAAUAUUGAGACCCGAUUAACAAUGGCUUCUAUUCUUCUUGAGGAAGCCAGAGAAGAUGAAGCCAUUUUGUUGCUAUCUCCUCCCAAAAAUCUAGAUCGCUUUGAAGCCCAAACAAAUAAAUCAGAACCAUGGUGGUGUAAUGGAAAACUGAAACUGAAGCUUUGCUACAUUUACAUAGCUAAAGGGAUGCUCAAGGAAUUUGUGGAUGCAAUCUAUCCUUUGGUACAUGAGUCGUUACGCAUCGAAUCACUUCAGCAGAAGGUGAAAGUGAAAAAGAGGCACACAAAAAGUGUUCUGUUAGAAAGAGCGAAAGUCCUGGAUGAUCACCAAACAGAUAACCUAUUAUGCAGAUCUAGACCAGUAGCUCCUGCAUCAGAUCUGCUGAAAGCUACCAGAGCGAAGAAGUUGCUUCAAAACAAGGCAAAAGUAAAGGAAGAAAUGAGAGCUGAGGCAAUGGCUGCUGGAGUUGACUGGCAAAGUGAUGAUUCAGGUGAUGAUCCUCCAGAAGAAAUACACCAAGAACCUCCCCUGCCAGAUCUUCUCAAGGAUAAAGAGAAUCAUGGCCUUAUAAUAUAUUUGUGCAAGUCACUGGCUUCAUUGCAUAUAGAUAUUGCGAAGCAUGGGAGAUUAUAA